GGCUUUGGAGCAUUUGACAUAGCUGAGUUUUUUCCCCACAAGAAGAUGAUGCCUCCAGUCAAUCAAUCAGUUCUACAGCCUUCCCAACACCGAUGGUACCUCGGAUCGCGAAUCGAGUGCGAACGAAUCGAAACGCAGGCUCCGCCAGCAGGCGUCCUUGCAGCUUGGAGUGAUGGAGACUGCUCAUAUAUUUUGCGGAAAAUAUCAGCAGAUAUUGCACCACCUGAGUCUCAAGACCAUGUUUCCAAGGAUGUUCAUCUGGUACAUGAGGGUGGCAGCUCCUCAGCGGUGUGGGCUAUUGGCAAAAGCGCCUUUUGCAAAGUCAAAUACUGGCAUCCUAGCUUGGGGCUUGAGGGGGACACCAUCGCAUUUGUUAGGGAACACAUACCUCAAAUCCUGGUACCGGAAGUUAUUUAUUCCUGGAUUGAUGAAGAUCGGACAUUCUUGAUUCUCAAGAGAGUUCAAGGUGUGACAUUGAGAGAUGCAUGGUUGUUGUUCUCUUCCUUGCAGCGUGACUUGAUCCUCAAGGAAAUUGCAAGCAUCUGUGACCUACUUGCUUUGAAGACUUCAGCAAAACUUCAGAGUGUAUCCGGAAAGGCCUUGCCUGAAAGGUUCCUUGCAGUUGCAAAAGAUAGCUUUGUGGGACCUCUCACAUUGACUGAGAGUAGAAAAUAUUUUACUGUCCUAGACUCAAACCUAUGUCCCAAAAUCGGAAAGCAUUUUUAUCUAUACCAUGCAGAUCUUGGUCCGGGAAAUAUUAUGGUGUCCAAAGAUGGAUCUAUCACAGGGAUUCUUGAUUGGGAGGCUGCUGGUUUCUACCCUCACUUCUGGAUUGCAACAAAACCGUCGGUUGCGCCUGGUCUCGACUUUUCCCCUCCCAUCGCAGGAAUCGAAGAAUUCGAGUGGAGAAAACAGCUGAGGUUGGAGCUUGAGAAUAGAGGAUACCCUCAAGCUUCAGGCUGGUACAUGGAGUGGAGGCGUGCUCGACCUAAAAAGUGAAUAUUCUCUACUGAUCGAUCUUUUGAGACAUUCCCCCCCCUACGGGACCAGGAGUAUACUUCUGAAGACAUGGAAUGAAGCCCGGCCGAGGACUUGAGCUAUGUAUGAUAGAGUGACAGAUAGCUAAGUGAAAUUGAAUAUAAGAAUAACCAAGCUUCAGCAGUAGGCAUUAAGAGUUUGAUUAUGCACGAGCCUACGAUAGGUCCUAAAUACACAUGUGGCAAAUAAUGCACUUACG